AUGGCAUCCACAUCAAUAACGAACAGUAUUCCAUCUUUGCCUAAUCCUAAUUUUGAAAUAUUUGAUGGAAAAGACUUUUCUAGAUGGCGUGGAAAGAUGGAAUUCUUUUUAAGACGAUUAAAGCUAGCAUAUGUUCUUGAGAAACCUUGUCCCGAGGCUCCUAGUUCUGAGGUAGCAACGGACGAGGCUACUUUAAUUAAAGAACAAAUUGCCAAAUGGCAAGAUGAUGAUUAUUUAUGCAAGAAUUAUAUUCUUGGAGGAAUGUCCAAUAAAUAUUAUGAUCAAUAUUAUAUUAAGUGUAAAUUUGCUAAGGAGAUUUGGGAUACUCUUAAAGCUAUUCAUUUAGCAGAAGAGUCAAUCACUGAACAAGUACAAGAAUUUCAACUUAUAGCUAAUAAAAUUGUUAUAACUGGAACUGCUCUUGAUGAAAACUUUCAUGUUGGUGCGAUUGUCUCAAAACUUCCUCCAUCUUGGAAAGAAUACAGAAGCAAGCUUUUAUACAAGAAGGAAGAUUUGACUCUUGAACAAUUAUUGCAACACUUGCAAAUUGAACAAGAGACAAGAUACCGCGCCAAUAGCAUCUUGAGGGAGCCUAUCAUGAAAGCUCAUGUUGUUGAAGAAAAGAUCAAAAAGGAACCUGCCAAUAAUAAAUUUUUGAAGGCAAAGAAGAGUAAAAAUUUCAAGCGUACUAAUUCUAAUUCUAAGUCGAUUGAAUGUUAUCAUUGUCAUAAAAUUGGUCAUUAUGCACGUGAUUGUAAAAUUCUUAAAGCUGAAAAGAAGAAAGAAAAGGCAAAUAACAAUACAAAAAAUGACUGGUGGCAAUGGUCACAGAAGCAUUUGUAG